AUGGCCGAUAAAGAUACCUUUUCCACAAUGGGACGAAGAGGGAUGCCUGGACGUCGCAGGCAUGUUUUACAAUUGGAUGAGAAUACAAAAACAAGUUAUUUAACUCAAACAGGAUGUUAUAGACCUGAUGAUAUGUUUGUUGAGAGCAAAAACUCUGUUAAAACUGGUUUGUCUUUGGUUGGUGAAUAUUCAGAUUCAGAAUCUGAUUCUGAAGGAGAAGCAGAACAAACUGACCCUGAUGUUGAAUCCAAAAUUAAUGGUGACACAGUGGUGAAGAGUGAAGAAAGUCAGCUUGUAAAAGAGAAAAAUGAUAGUCUCCAAGCAGAAAUGUUGGAGCUUGUUGGCAUUAAGAAAGAAACCUCAGCUGACAUUUUCCUUCGAGAGUUUCAAGCUUAUCAAAAGGAAAGUGUAGCUCCUGUGUAUAAUCGAGAAUUUAUUGCUUUCCAAAAGGAAAGCAAGGAGAAUAUAGAAAGCUCUCCAAUUUCAUCAUUAAAAGACGUUCAGAAAGAGAAUCCAACAAAAUCCUCAGAAGAUGCCAGUUCUGUGACAAAAAUCAACAAAACAUCUUCCAGUGGACUGAAGACACCUGAUAUAGAUUCUCAAGUUGCCUCUUUUCUUGCCGAAAUCGAUGCUCUUGGAGAUGAAGAAGAGAAAGAAAAGGUUGAAGAAUCCAAUGAGGCUGGCAUCAGUGAUAGGGGUUCUUGUAUUGAUCGGGAACAGAAUGUACAAUCCUCUAUGACCUUAUCUGAUUCUAAGAACAAAGACCCUCUGAAUGGUAAUAGUGCUACAACAAGCGCCUCCAGAACUGCUAAAGAGGAAGUUGAAGAAAAUGCAGUAGGAGUACAGCCACCCCCACUGCCCCAAGAAGAAAAAAUUGUCUGGCCAGAUGAACCCACAACAGAAUGGCAACAAUGUUAUGAUGAAAAUACACAGCACUGUUACUACUGGAACAUCAAUACAAAUGAAGUCACAUGGGAGAUCCCUGCUGAAUUUACACAAUAUUUACUACUUUACAGGGAAUAUGAAGAGAAAAUCACCAAACUUAUGAAAGAGGGAAAAACAAAACCAAAAAAGAAGAAAAUGCACAAAAAGAGUGAAAAGAGCAAGGUGAAGCAGAAUGAAAACGAAUCUGAAACCUCAUCAAAAGAUUCAAGUGUAGAACCUCAGGUAGAGUAUGGACCACAUCUACCUUCAUCCAGCAGCAACAACAACAACAACCUUAAAGACACUUGCAGUUCUCCAGAAACUGCUGGACCAGCCACUGUAAUAACAGACACAAGCAGUCCUGUUGAUUCUACGGCUGCAAUAACUGUCAGUACGACGACUGUGAAUGUAGAUAGCACACGGGAGUCUCUGACUGCCGAUUUGGCAAUGAUGGAAUUGUGCAAGAAGAAAUUCAAAGCUCGGAUUAGUCGAGAAGAGGAAAGUGGAAAAUCCUCUGUGUCACUGUCAGUGGACUCUGCAACCAAAGACAAUUCACUUCCAACCGAUUUUGAAGAAGGGCUUCUAGAUAUAGAUGAAGUUGACAGAGAGUUGGAACUAGCUCUUGAAAGAAAAAAAAAUGAACUGAAGUGCUUAGAAGAGGAAGAAAAACAAUCCUAUGAAAGUGUAAAAGUACGUGGGAAAAGAAAAUAUCACAAUGACAAAGUGAGUGACGAUAGUUCUGCUGAUGAAGUCUCUACUCAAAAGUCUUCCAAACGGUCAAGAGACCAAAGGUCACGAGACCACAAAGAGUCAUCGAAACAUUCUAAGAAGGUUAAACACAAAAAAGAUGAAACAAAUGGUAUCUCUUCAGAUGACUCUAGUCCUUUAGGUACAUCAUCUAAAAAGUCUAGAAGUAGUGACCAGAAGAAAUCUCACAGAAGUCAUCAAUCAAAGAAAGAGUCUCGUCCUAAAAAAGUUAAAGAACAUGGUGAUAGCAAAUCAAGGUCCUGUGAUGAUGCAGAAGAAAACAAGAUGAGAGAAUCUGCACUUGAUUUGAGUCAGGUGGUGAUGGAUAAAAUGGAUUUCCUUGAGAUUGAUGUCAGUAAGCAAUCCAAGCUCGAAGUUUUAUAUGUUCAACUUAAGACACGCAUUUCAGAUUGGCAUGCAGGAGGUCUGUCCACGAAAUAUUUUUAUGCCAAACUACAAGAAGCUAACCAACAACUUGGGCAAUACGAAAAAAGUGGAGCUCCCGCAGGCUGGUCGGUCAACUGGGACAGAACAUGCAAGCGUUAUUUUUAUACCAAUAAUACCACCGGCCAUUCACAGUGGGAGUAUCCUGAUCAGCCAUCUAAGGAAGAAGAGAAUGAGCUCCCAGACAAUCUUGAGUCAGUGACUGGCUCAUUGCCCCUGCCUUUACUGCCACCUCAUCCCCCACCAUCUUCAUCACCUUCAUCAUUAGAGAAAACUCAAGAAGCUUCAGUAGAAGCAGACAAAGAGCAUCAGAAAGUUGCCAAAGAGUAUGAGCGGCGAGAUAAGUCUUCAGAGAAGGAAAAAUAUUCAUCAUCCAAGUCGGAAGGACGGAAAGAAAAGAGGAGUAGGAAGGAAAGCAAAUCAUCAAAAAGUUCAAGAAGCAAGGAUUCAUCAAAAAGUAAAUCUCGUUCAGAAAGUUCAAGUUGUUCAAAGUUAAAGGAUUAUGGCUGUGAAAUGAGCGUCUACCCUGGAGAACCACCCCCACCAGGUACAGAACCUAACCUGCAAUCAUCUGCUCCGACUGUGUCCAGUGCUUCUAUUGGAGAAACCAACAGCCCACAGUUGGAUAAUAAGAAUCCUUUAAAACUAACUCAAACUGUUGAGGAUGAUCUGGAAGAUGUAAUGAAGCUGGCGGCAUCGCUAAAUAAGCCUGUUACUGCACGCACUUCAGCUUCUGGUGCGACAGAUGAUAUAGAUGAUAUGGAAAUUGAUCCUGAAGAUGAAGUUGCAACCGCUGCUGCUUCCCUCUUACCAUCAGCUGAUUUUAAAAUCAACUCUGCAAAUACAGGGAGCAAUGGAACAACUGUGUCAGUGCAGGAUACUGUUGGCAACCAUAAUACCAGUAGCUCUGCUGUGAUAUCUAAACCACCUCACAUCACACGCCCAGCACCGAGUGCGGAGUCUUUACCUGUGUCAGCAGUCUCAGAAAGUACCCUGACCUACAGUGGACACAUGGAGACUACUGGAAGUGAUGCCCCAAGCAUGUCGCAUUUGACAAUCUCCAGUCUAUCUGAAUUACCCAAUGAUUCAUCCAACAGUCCAAAACUGACAGAUAAUAAUGAAGCCAUAGAAACAAUAAAAAAUCCUAAAGAGAAAAAGAAGAAAAAAGAUAAGGUCAUCACAAAAAUGGCAGAAAGUGAAAAAAAGAGACUAAAUAAUAAGAGCUUUUAA